UCACAAUGUAAAACGACGUCGUGUCUCAAAGACAUCCAACUAGAAGAAACUCGCACACAAAGAUCUGGUAAACAUUUUCGUAUUUUUACGAGUUCGAUGGAGAUUCAAGAUCCCUCGGAACCCAUCGUGAUCGGAGACUACGUAGCGAAAUCGAAGCUCGGAGAGGGUUCGUUCUCCGUGGUAUGGCGAGCGGAGCACAGAUUCACCGGAGAGGAAGUUGCGGUGAAGCGCGUCGAUCUCACGAAGCUCAAUCGCCAUCUCCGGAGCUGUGUCGACGCCGAGCUCUCGUUUCUCUCCUCCGUCAACCAUUCCAAUAUCAUCCGUCUUCUCGAAUUUUUCCAGGAUGGGAAUUUUCUCAUCAUGGUUCUGGAAUAUUGUGAUGGAGGAACUCUAGCAUCGUAUAUUCAUCGUCAUGGGAGAGUUCAAGAACAUAUAGCCAGGAGAUUCAUGCAGCAGAUUGGAGCUGGUCUUGAAAUCAUUCAUGCUAAUCAUAUGAUUCACAGGGACCUUAAACCCGAGAACAUUUUACUCUCUGGAUCUGGUGAUGAUUUGGUGGUGAAAAUAGCUGAUUUUGGCCUUUCGAGAAAAAUAUAUCCGGGAAAGUAUGUAGAAACAGUGUGUGGUUCCCCAUUUUACAUGGCUCCGGAAAUACUUCAGUUUCAAAGAUACAAUCAAAAGGCUGACAUGUGGAGUCUAGGGGCCAUCCUUUUCGAGCUCCUCCAUGGAUACCCACCUUUCUGUGGUAGGAACAAUGUUCAGUCACAGGUGCUGAGGAACAUCAAAUCUUGUACAACUCUUCCUUUUUCUGGACCGAUUCUCCAGCAAUUGCACCCUGACUGCAUCGAUAUGUGUUCAAGGUUGCUUUCUAUUAAUCCAGUUAGUCGCUUGUCCUUUGAUGAGUUCUACAAGCAUAGCUUCUUAAGAGGCCCGUGAAGCAAACAGGAAUGAGGAAUGCAACUAGGGUUUUGGGCGAGAAGCUUGGAGAGUCUAUUGUGAAGAACGUUGCUUCUUCUCCAAGCGAUCCACGAAAUCGGUGUCGAAAUUGGGAGCACUUGGCAUUUAAUUAGGAAAAUUGUUUGCUACUACGCGUCGUGGGGAAGGCUAAGGAUUGGACUCAGUUACAGUUUUUGUUGUAAUUGCCAGAAUUGAGGAGAAGACAAAGAAGAAACCUCAGGAAACAAAACCUGUUGUAGUUCCAGUGAGCACACCAGCUGCGGAAAGCCGGUUGAAAAGGCGUAAAAGCGAAAUUAGAGAGUUGAAGAAGAUAUGGCGUCGAGAGCGAAGAACACAACUUCAAAUCAUCGGUGGCCUCAUCUUCAUCUUCCUCCGAAAGUGAGAACCAUAAUCAAAUUUUAGAGUUAAAAAAACAAAUGGUAGGUUAAACAAACACUUUGUCAUCAAUUUUGUUGGAUUUUGAAAUGUAUUGUUGUUGAGUUGAAGUUUGGGUUUUGGGUUUUGUAAGUAGAAAUAUAUGGUUUUAGGUUUCUGAAAUUUUGGGAAUUUCAAAAUAGAAUGUUGUGUUUCUGAAAUUUUGUGGAUUUCAAAAUAGAAUAUUGAGUUUUAAGUGAAAUAAUUGAUUGACAUGUGAAAUGAUUUAAAUCGAGUUAAAUAAGUCAGUUUGGGUCACAUGGUGAUUUAGGAUAAUUAAAUGGGUAAUUGUAUCAUAUGAGUCGAUAUAUAGAUGUAUGAGUGACAUGAUGAUUUGAGUAAUAUGGUCACAGGGUUACAGACUUACAGUGUCAUAUAGGUCACAUUAUGGUAUGGUCACAGGGUCACAUCUUUAUAUAGAUUACAGGUCAGAUGGUGGUAUGGUCACAAAGUCAUAUCUUCAUAUACGUCACAGUGUCACAGGUCACAUGGUACCAUGUCAGAUGGUCACAUGGAUUUUGAAACAUGAUCUAGAAUGCUAACAUAUAUUUUUUUUGUAGCGCAUUGAGGAGACAAUGUAUGAGAUACGACUCUGCGUUUUAUAGAAUUCGGUGACUUAUAUAGGAAGCAAUUACAUGGUUAGUGACACUAUUUUCGCGGAGCACAUCAAGUGGUAGGAAAAAUCGGGCGACUUGCCAAUUUUGGGCGAUCUCGGGCCCUACUUCAAGGGACAUCUUCCACUUGGAUGUGCAGGAACAUCAUUGAUUAACUUUUAUUUCAGCUAGAAAUGACUAACUUUUAUUUCACCUAAUAAUUUAUCUCUUUUUGUUAUGAACAUUAAAUAUAACCUUCUUUUGUUUGUUUAUAGAAUCCUAAGUUAUAAUUUUUUUUAUGCUUUUUGUUUAUUUAUAUAUGAAACUGUUUAUAGAGUCAACGAAAUAUAGGUUGAAAAUAGUAAACAAAUGGAUCCCACCGAAACUCUAAAUUAUCAACCGUAACUUUUCUACACACUUGGAUGAUACUAGACUCCACAAGAAAUAUUGCAUAUAAAAAUUUUGGAGGGAAAAUUGUUAGAGAACAAAAUUUGGAUUUAGCUGUUUUAAACUCAAACUAUUACCAUGUUCACAUGGUCACAUGAGACCAUAUUGGUAUGGUCACGUAGUACCAUAUUCAUAUGGCUACAUGGUACCAUGUUCACAUGGUUACAUGGUGUCAUGGUACCAUGGUAUCAUUUAUUUUCAUGGAAUUAAGAGUAUACUAAAGAAGGAAGCGUCUGACGAAGUACUUUUUUAUUUGGAGGAAUUGACAUCAUCGAGUUCAUGACUUGAAAAUUCGUUCCACAAAGUCUUCUAGGAAGAAGAAGAAGGAAAAAGGUCUGAUAAAUGAAGAAGAAGUAGAAGAUGAGCGAGCAAAAGAAGACGAAGAACAACAAGGACAAGAAUAAGAAGGACAAGAAAAACAACAAUUAUAUGUGAUGACAAUGUCACCAAGAUGCGUGAGCAGUUGACAGCCACCAUACUUAUCAAUAGAAAUGUUCAAAAGUAGAAUUAAGAACUUAUUUAUGUUAUGAACUUAUUUCUUUUUGUUAUGAUAUUUUGUUUA